AUGGGGUAUUGUUCACAUAUAUUCGUUGUUUUGGAAUUUUUAGCUACCAGAUUAAUGGGAAAUCAAUUCUUUAGUUCUAUUAUAGAAGUAGUAGAAAAAGUAGAAAAAUACGAUUACAACGAUAACUAUAAUAACGAUAACGAAGAAGCUAAAUUUAAAAACGUUAAAACUUUAAGAACAAGUUAUAAUUCGAAUAAUAAUCUUCGAAUUAAAAGUAAUAUUGGUGAAGUAGGAUUCGCUGACGAUAACGGAAUACCAGUUUAUAGUCCAAGAUAUCCUUCAGAUCCUUUAACAAUUGAAGAACAAUCAAAUAUUGUAUUCGUUGACCCUAAAACCAGAAAUAAUAAGAAUAAGAAUUUUAAAGGCCAAAACAUGUUGUUUGAUAAUUCUAUUAAUCAUAUUGAUCAUAUAUGUUUAACGUUAUUAUCUGCUGCAAAUAAUAAUCCGAAAGAAUUUUCCUGUGAUACUUGUUUAGAUGAUCCAAAUGUAUUUUAUAAUGUUAGUUCAUUUUGUGCAUUAAAAAGCAUCUGGCGAAAUUCGGAUAAUCAAACGUAUUUGGAAAAACAAUUAAGAUGGAUGAGCGAUAUUGAUUUUUGUUCUUGGUCUAAUGUUAAAUGUGAAGUAAUAAUUGGAAACGGAUCAUAUCCAACUGGAAAAAUUCCCGAUGAAAUUUUCCAACUUCCAAAUUUAGUUGAGCUUAAAUUCAUUUCAACCAAUUUGUCUAGUUCUCUACCAGAUACUUUUGACCAGAUGAAAUUAUUAAAAACUUUAACAAUCGAGUCAAGUCCAAAUAUAGUAAAUUUCCCUCAAUCUUUGAGUAACCUUUUGUUAACUAUAUUAUCUUGGAACAAAUUCCAAGAUUCACUUCCUUCAUCAUCGUUAAAUAAUUCCAAUUUUCAAAAAUCUUUAGAAACAUUUGAUUUACGUAAUAAUAACUUUACUGGUGAUUUACCGGAAAGCAUUUUUCAAUUUAGUUCUAUAAAAUUUAUUUAUUUUUCCAAUAAUAAAUUUACUGGAAAUAUUCCUAAUACUUUUUCGAAGUCAAGUAAAUUGAAAGAAUUAUUUUUGGAUAAUAAUAAUUUGAGUGGAGAAAUUCCUGCAAAUCUUGGAUUAUUGGAAUUGGAAAGACUUGAACUUUCAGGGAAUAAACUCGAAGGCACAGUUCCUGAUAACAUAUGCGAAAGAACUUAUGUCGAUUGCGAAUUAGGUUCAAAUAAUAAUUUAACUUCUUCUUCCAAAUCUUGUCUUAUCUGCUUGGAUGGUUGGGGAAUUUCAAAGAAUGAAAAUCCCCAAGUUGACGCGAUUCGUCAUGCAAAAACACCAGUAAUGAGUAACUUCGAAGAGGAAUUCCCUUAUGCUGUUUUAAAAGCACAUGGUCUCGCUGUUGGUUUACCCAAGGGACUUAUGGGUAAUUCUGAAGUUGGUCACUUGAAUAUUGGGGCUGGGCGAAUUGUAUAUCAAGAUAUUGUAAGAAUAAAUUUGGCAGUUGAAAAAAAAGAAUUUGGUAAAUUUGAAAACAUUGCAAAAUGUUUUAAGCACGCUAAAGAAACUAACGGAAGGAUUCAUUUUCUCGGGCUGGUUUCGGAUGGUGGUGUUCAUAGUCACAUCAAUCACUUAAUUCAUUUACUCGAAACUGCCAAGGAUUUUGAAAUUCCAAAGGCUUUUGUUCAUUUUUUUGCGGAUGGUCGUGAUACCAAUCCUCGUUCUUCCAAUAAAUAUCUUGAACAAUUACAAAAAGCUAUUGCCGAUUUAAAUUAUGGUCAAAUUUCUACCAUCAUGGGUAGAUAUUACGCAAUGGAUCGAGAUAAAAGGUGGGAAAGAAUAAAAAUUGCUGUGGAUGCUUUGACACUUGGUAUAGGAGAGAAAUCUCAAGAUCCAUUAAAUACAAUUCAUGAACGUUUUUCUAAUGAUGAAACCGACGAAUUUUUAAAACCAAUUAUAGUUUCAGAAGAAGGUCUAAUCAAAGGUGAAUGA